GGAGCUUCGCGGUAUUCAGCACGCAGGAUCCGUGCCUCCGGUGACGGCGAGCCGGGCGCGCGCGACCCUGGAGAUACUCGGCGGGGACACAACGGGGAGUCGGCGUCACACCGUUGCGAUGCUAGUAGCCCGCUUGCUCUCGUACGAACGGAACACAGCGUCGCUAUAUCGCCUCCAGCCUCAGUUUUAACAAUCAAUGCGAAAUCGACUAAUUUCAACAACGGGGUAAUUAAAAUUCAGGAGUCCGGUAGUCGGGUGUUGGAACAAGUGAAUCGAUAAUUAACGGUUGGAGAAAUUGUCGAAUGAAGGAUUUCAAACGUCGGCUAUCAAUGGCACGUCCGGACAACGGAACUAGUGGAAUCGUCGUCAGCCGAGGUGUAGCGAGAGCGUGAUACGAAUCUAUUGAGAUAAGUUUGCAGAAAUCCGACUAGUGGAUGUUGGCAUUGCAUCGAGGAUAACUUCGUUUUAUAGUGGUAAAACCAUUUCCCCGUUACCUUCGAGAAGAUCGAAUUUCGGCUGCGCUAUUUCCUACCCAGGGAUCAGUGUUCAUUUGCAACGUGUGUAAAGUGUACGUUAUAAUUACUGGAGCUUAAACUAUUCGACAACGUUCGUCGUAUUGUAUGGUAUUCGGCGUGAGGUACUAGUGCGCGAAGCUAGGAGGUGGGCUCCGGGACAUAAUCUCGGGGAACUUGUUUCAUCGGUGGUCCUGCCACAAGUACGUACGAGCCAAGCUGUUUUCCACUGCCAUAGUUUGAAAAAUGGGGUGCUUCGGAAGCAAAGAUAAACUGAGUAAAGAGGACAUGGAUUUCCUCCAGUCACACACGAGGUACGACGAGGCCACUAUCAAGGAAUGGUACAAAGGAUUUAAGCAAGAUUGUCCCAACGGGAGGUUGACACCGGCCAAGUUCGUCGACAUGUACAAAAUGUUUUUCCCCUCGGGUAACGCCGAAGAAUUCUGCGAUCACGUCUUCCGCACAUUCGACAUGGACAAGAAUGGCUACAUCGAUUUCAAAGAGUUCUUGCUGGCGAUCGACGUAACAUCCAGCGGGACGCCGGAAGAAAAAUUGAAGUGGGCCUUCCGAAUGUACGAUGUUGACGGUAACGGUGUCAUCGACAUCCAGGAAAUGACGAAGAUUGUACAGGCAAUUUACGACAUGCUCGGAGCGUGCUCGAGCAACCGACCGGCUGACAGUGCGGAGGAACGAGCGAAGAAUAUAUUCGCAAAAAUGGACGAAAACAAUGACGGACAGCUAACGCAAGAAGAAUUCUUGAAGGGGUGUCUCCAGGACGAAGAGCUCUCCAAGAUGCUGGCCCCUUAAUCACGUUCCGCAUCAACGAGAUAAGAUAAAGCGCUCCACAAUAUAAUUCCAAUAAUAUUUCAAUUUCAUAAGUCGCUACGUACGAGGCUUGAAUUCAGGCGUACACACGUGUAGGGUGAUUAUUUUUUUUUGGGGAGGGGGUGGGGUGAUGGGGGGGGGGGGGGUGGGGGCGGGAGCCGAUACUUGAAAUCUGACUAUUUGUACAAGUGAUAGAUUUUUCAACAACUGUGCUGUGCUCACGACAGCCGAAAUUACCUCAAUGUCUCAGCUCUUGUGAGUGAAUUUAAAAAAAUUGGUCUACUUUCCUUGUCCCUUCCCCGGAAUUACCUUGUACGUUAGAAAUUCAUCAACGAUCAGAUCCGACGACGUGCUCUGUUCGGACGAUGCAAAAUUGUUCAUUUGUUCGUAUUUAUGUUGGAGAAUUUUUCGCAAGGUUGCUCGCGAUUAAACGAAUGGGCAAUGAAAAUUUGAACAACGGAGAGGCAGGACGGGUUGAUAAAAAAUAACACGUACGUUAACGUCAACGAUGGAUGGACGCGAAUGAAUAUUCCAACUAUCCGACCGCGGAUGAUGAGAUAUCGAAGGUUGUGGGGGACGUUGCCACGUGCCAUUUGUUGUACAAAAUACUCUUAAGCUAGACACGCGUCGUAUUCUAUCUGAAUCCAUUGAUCGGUCGAUGUAUAAUAUUUAUCGAUAGCAAAAGUAGAGUCGAUCAAUUGCGAAUUAUUCGACGAUCGUUCAUUAUCUUGUAAGAUCGCAUUUGUUUCCAGCCUCCAAGCUGCUGAAUUCACGUAUAAAACUCUCUACGUAAGUACGUACAUGCAACUGCAUUUACGAGGACACGGAUCAUGGUGUUCACUAUAUCAUAAGGCUUUGACAAUUACAUCGAUUCCAGUCGAUUACUUAGUAAACCUAAUUGAAAUAUAUUACACUUAAAGGUACAUUCCAUAGAUUGGCGAAUGGAUAAUUAACGCGGGGAUAUAUUCUGCGAACGACUAGCGACCGAAGCGAUUUUGUACAACUCGUUCGCAAGCGGUGCUUCGUGAAAAUGAAAAUUCGUGGGUCAACGGAUUUUUUUGUAUCAGAAAUCAAUCGGUGUUUAUUAACCUUACGCGAUAAUUAAAUGAUUCAAACGUGAAAUGGGAUCUCCGUUUCGACCAUUAAUUUUACGAUCGAAAAAUAUUUCAACUCCCCAAAUUCGAUAUGGAAUUUCGCCGCGUCGCAGCAAUCAAUUCUAAAUAAAGGCCCCCGACCUCGGUCACUUUUCACGUAGGUAUUCUCGAUCUUCAUUCUUAACCAGCAUUCGAAUCUGAUAGAUAUCACAUUCGUCCUCAUCGUACCUCUACGCGAUCUGUAGCUUUUUCAUUUUCACCUUAGUGGAAACGAGUCACCGGGGUGGCAUUUUCGACGCUCCGCAGUUGUCGCAUAAUAUACCCUCGGUCGUACUUAAUAAUAUCUCGAUGUCAAGCACAAAGCUUCUCGCGCUUGCAAAAUUUCUUGAUAUCAUUCGAUUGUUAGAUUCAGAAGUUUUGCAAUAAAUAUAAUAUGAUACCAAUAAAGUGACGAAGGAGGAAAAUAUAUGCCAGCCGAAUAUUAACGGCUUCGGUAUACAGGGUUAUUCAAUUCAAUCGACGAGGCCCGAUUUUGUUGGAAACAAAGAACGAUGCGAAAAAAGUUCCAUACAAAAGUAACCGGGUUGAAAAAAGAGGUGAAAAGUUUUGAUACCGAAAUUGAUUCAGGUGCAGGCGUCGUCAAGAUCAGGCAAAGAUGACUUCAAUGUUUGAAGUGGGACUCCAUAUUUUUUCUCUCGCCGUCUGACUGACCAAUAAAUUUGGAGUCAACAGAGUACCGAAGUACGAGUGACCUUGAAUAACCCGGCUGCUACCACCGUAUCAACAUUGAGCGGUCGAGCGCCACGAUAUCACGUUCUACGUCGCUGACUCCUCGCAUGUCGAUUCAAAGUCACUUGUUCUUCGGUUCUUUUUAUUCAAAAUGAAUCGGUCCCUCGGACGUCGGAAUAAAAAAUACGGAGCACUGUUUCAAAUACCGAAGUUGCCCUUUGCCUGGCCCUGGCACCGCCACCAGGAUCAAUUUCCGUAUCAGAACUUUCUCCCCCUCUUCGAAUCCGCUAACUUUCGUAUGAAACUUUCUUUUUUCCGUCGUUUUUCGUUUUCGAGGAGUCGGGUCUGAUCGAUUGAAAAAUGAAUAAUGUUGUAUACGUAUGUAUAUUAUAAGAUUCAACCAAACAUAAUAUUAUGUAAGGGGGAUACGAUAUCUGCACACCAGCUAGCAUUUAUAUGUUAUUACGUAUGGUAAAUAAUAAUUAAGUACAGUAUCAUAUACGCAUUAAUAUAGUACGGUAAUUAUUGAAAUAUAAUGUUAUUGAUCAACUGACGAUGGCAUAUGCGAAGUGCAUGUGACAACGAAAAAGAAGUUUGUCAGUUCUAACGAUAAGUAGAAAGACGCACUUCACACGCAUGCAAUUUUCACGUAAUUUGAUAAAGAGAGUUUCACGUGGGCGUGCGACCGCGGAAGGCGACGAUUAUUCGACAGGCAGUCGAGUUACCGAGUGCCAAGAGCUUCGAACCCGACCGUCGCUUUCGAAAGUCUGGUCGAAAUCAUCAGAGCCGCGGAACAUUUGCUCGCCCACAAUUAUUUUAUUAGGCGCUAACGGCCAUGGUUUCCUCGAAAACGAACACUUUUUGUAGCUGGUGAAAUUUUCGACUCACUCUACAGUCUACACACUGUACUUGUAAUAUUAAAUUUUACUUCCUAAUCACUGUAGAGCGGAUAAAAUUAUCAAAGCUCACGUCAUCUGAAAUUCUUAGAAUCUAGACAAGCAUAAGCAAAAACAUAGACUAGUGUCUAUUGUAGUGAUAGCAUUCGACCAAUUGCAUGUUCUGAUUAGGAGAGAAGAAACUAGAUGAAGCAAAAGAUUUGCGAUGCAACGCGAGUUGUCGUCGCCGAUCUCACGACAAUCGAUCAUCGUGCUAUUAAUUAUUAAACGACACGUACCGCGUAUUCGCACGUUGUCCGUGCGCUGGUGAUCCUAUAUGAUGUUUCGAACCGGAUAUGUCAAAGUAGCACAUUAACUAGCGCAACUACAUAUCAUAUCGAAUUGUAUUCAUACCGAAGUGUAUCUUCUAACCGACGACUAAUGUUUUCUUUUUCGCAAGCUAAUUUUACCGUACGAUACGGACGACCGAGUAAAUUUCAACGGAAACCCGUACGUAUGUGAGUACAUCGCAUCUAUGAUUCCAUCCGCCUGGGUCAUGAACUCUCCGGGUCUUUGGUUGCAUCUCCGGUACACUACCUUCGAUCAUUCCUCUUUACAGCUCUUUCACGGCACUGAUACGUUUUUCGAGUUAGAAAUAUAUUCAAUCAAGCCUCGUUUAGCCGAUUAGUUUUCAGAGUUGUAAUUAAUUGUCGCGCACGCUUCUCUUCAGUCUUGUGAAAUUCUCUGCCAAGUUUUGCUAUUCGCACCUGUAAUCAAUAUCGUCGUGGCAAUGAAUUACCAUAAAUAUCGCGUCGACUUAAUUCAGGCGAGAUCGGAACUCAAAAAACUGACGCCGAGAAAAGUGGGUCCCGAUUCAUAGAGAGGGUCGAAUCUCAUCCUUUCUGCGAACGUUGUCGGAGGAUGAGACAAAGUGCAAGGUUGGAUGGACGACGAUUCCUAUGAGGCUUGAUGGUCUGGUAGCGUGAGGCGGACGGGCAACACGCGGGAAAUUUGGCCAAGUUUCCAUUCGACGUGAUAAAAUAUUUCAUAACUGUAACACGUGUCGCAACGGACGUGAUUAUACAGAGUCUCCCGAAUCAAAGGUCGCGCACAAGCUUUCGCGAAUUACGCAUCUUUUGUACACUAUACGUUGUAAAUAAUGUCACACGAUAUAACGUCGGUAGCGUUCACGAGGCGAUAGCCGAUGGUUAUCGUAACCAUGACCGAGUACAACACGAAAUUGCUAACGUAACAACGUACGUUGGUAAGAAAUUUCACAACUUGAAAUCAAUGAGAAACUUUCCCAACGGAUAUCACUCGGCACACCUACCUAUCUGAUAGGGUUGCGCGUCUGAUCAGCGGCCGCAGGACGGCUGCGGGGUCAUCAAAUCGGGAAAUUGUAAAUAAGUCUUGCCACUUUAUCGAUCAGAGGUGCAACCCUACAAGAUUCGGCUUUCAGAAAUCAUUUGGGAUUUGUCAUUCUGGUCAGUAUGUGCGGGAAGUUGCAUUGGUUUUGAAAUUUACGUGCGCUGUAAAUGUGCAAAAGCAACAAAGUGGGAGAAUCGUAUAACGACUGCUACGCUCGGGGGUUUUCCAUGAUUUCAGACUACUCUUGAUCUAAUCCGAACGAAAAUCGGAAAGUACAUAGGUAUACCGACGAAUAACAAAUAAAAUGUCAACGGAACACAAACUAGGGAUUAUGAGAAUUUGAUUCGAUUAAGCAAUGAAUAUUAUACACUCGCAUAUAAAUUUUAUAUGCUUAAUAUAAUAACAUGUAUGAAUUCUGUACUACCAUGUCAUCGUAACGAUUAAUGAGAAAUAUACAGAAUUAUUGUACUCAUAUGGACAGCGAUGGCCAGCUUUACAUGCGUUCGUAUUCUUUGCCAUUGACAUGCUUGCAUAUAUACAAAUAUAUGUAUAGAAACUAUACGUACACAGACGCACACUCACACAAUAUAUAAAUACAUACACGAUACACACAUGUAUAUACGUUUAUGUUGUUUAUAUAUGUUUAUACAAAUACUUUUCGCAUUUGAAUAUGCGUAUACUCCUGUAUACACGUCACUGUCACUGUCACUGUCACCGUUAUCAUCGUCAUCGUCAUCGUCAUCGUCACCAGCAUCAUUAUUAAAAUAAAUCCUUCUAUGCUCUA